GGGCGCCCUCGCCUAUAUGGGCCGGGAGCCCUUCCGCCGCCUUCGUCGGGCGGUGGGAUGCACCCCGACGCCCGAGCCUUCUGAUGACGAGGGCGGCAGUGGCCCCGCUGGGGCACAAGAUUCGAGCUCCCCCUACCGCCUGGACCCGGCGGUGAACGCCGAGAACCAGGUCACCGCCUCGUCCAAGGCGAAUGUGAACAAUUUGGACCCCGCCUUGGGCGACUCGUUCUUGGCGGCGGUCUCUUCCCCCACCGCCAGCAUGGCGACGCAGGAUCCAGUGUGGCUGCUUCGGGCGGACACCGCCGCUGCUGCUGGCGGCACUAUUUCCUCAGCGCCUACGGCUGGACCAACCUCUAUGUCAGCCACGGCGCCUACUACCUUGGCUGCGGAUGACGCCCAGCCGGGCGUGACACCGCCCCAGCAGGGCGGAGAGGCAACGCCCGAAGGGGGCCGCCCACUCCGGGCGCGACCCGCUCACGGGCUAAUAAGAUCGGCCCUCAACGGGCGGAUCCAGACCCAGUGCUGCCCACCGCCACUGGGGCAGAGCAGACGGUCCGCCAACUGGCGGACCAAAUUGAUGGGGCGGCAAAGCCUUCCAUACCAGAAGGCCCCGCCUACGGACCUGAGCAAUACGCCGGUCCAAGGGGCGACCAUCCCUAGGACGGACCCCGUCCAGCAACAGGGCCCAGGACCAUGCGGGGCGGACUUUGCCCACGCGCUCCAGCCGCCAGGGCAUUACCCAUUCCGCACCGCCUUGCAGCAGGCGGAAGCAGCAAGACUUGGGAUGAGCUUCGAAAGCUACAGCCGUCAUUCCGCGCCCGAGAUCUUUGAGCUGCUGCGGGCGCUGGACCGCAGAGAAGCCCAGCCCGAGCGGCAAGAGGCCCAGGCCCGUGCUAAGGGCGCCGCGCCUAACAUCGGGCGAGAGCUCCAAGAGCAGUUCGCCCAGGAGCAGGCCGAACUGGCGGGCAAGGGCCCAAAGAGCGUUCGCCCUUCGGGCGGAAAGGGCGUCAAGGGCCAAAGCAAAGGCCUUGCCAUUCCACCGCCUUUGAGGGCGGAUCCUUAUGCGGUCAGACCGCACAAUCCGCUCCGGCGGCCAGACCGCCUGGAGCAUGACAUCCCCUUCGGCAACCGCCGAAAGGAUGAGCGCCUCCAAGGCGCAGCAGGUGCGCCUUUGGCAGUCGGAGGGGGCGAUCACGACCGAACCUGUGACCGACCGCCUCGCUCCGCCUCUGCCGAAGAGAGCUCGCCCAGAUCCAUGAGAUCGAGAGGGCGAUCGAGGCUGACGAGUUUCGAUGCCCCCCGCCUCCAGGCGAGCUACUUCUUCAUCCAGCGCCUACCACGCCGCUGUCACCCCAGAUGCCCGGGACGACGCGUCCUGCAGUGGUGCAUGGCGCCCUGCAUUUCAGGCAACGCCUGCUGUGGCGUAGGGCG